AUGACAGCCUCCGCAUCCACCUUAUCCCCAGUCCAAAGGGUACAGCUAGCUCAUGAUCUACGUCAGACCAUACAUGAGCUUCGUGACCGAGGUCUGCUCGUAGCUGUCAAAUGGGCCUCCGAGCUUCUCUCCUCCCUUCCUAAAGAAUACCGUUUAGCUCCCAACUUACCUUUCUCACCCCCACUCCAGCCUCAUCAACAGGAUCCAGGUUCAUCCCCCAUAACUCUGGUACCACGUCAAUCCAUGGAAUUCCUCCCCUCUCCUGGUCCAGGCGCUUUCGACCGAUCCAUGGAAGCAGGUCCGAGUAGACCCAAAGGGCUCGAUCCAGUUGACAUUUUGGAGGAAGACGAGUUUCAAUUGGCUAAAAGCUACUUUGAUAUCAAAGAGCUUGACAGAGUGGUGUUUGUACUUCGAGAAGCCAAGAGCAAAAGAGCUAUUUUUCUUCGAAUUUACUCGGCAUUUCUCUCGGCUGAUAGGAAAGCUCAAGAAGCUUUGCCUCAUUUCCUGGAUACUAAAGAAGAGCGAUUCGCACUCUAUCCCCCUCUGAAUGCUCUGUUGGAUGAACUAGCGGAAGAUUCGGAUCCCUACUUGACUUAUCUGAGAGGUAUCAUUCAUAUGCGACUGGAUCAGCGUAGUGCGGCUAUCGAAUGUUUUGUACAGAGCGUGAAGGAAAAACCGUACAAUUGGAGUUGUUGGAGUCAAUUGGCACAACUGAUCAAAUCACCCCAGAUGCUUGUCGAAAUCAAAGAACGGCUCCCAUCCUCACCAAUGUUGACUUUCUGCGCUAUCACCGUCAUGCUCGACUUGCACACGGCGACGGAUAUGAUCAUGAACAUGAUUGAUGAACUCCUCGAGAUUUUCCCUCACAGUAUACACCUGCAAUCACAGGCUGCGAUGGUGUAUUAUCACAUGCGAGACUUCGAGACUGCCGAAAAACAGUUCGACGCGGUACACCGGAUAGACCCUUAUCGAAUGGACGAAGUGGACAUAUAUUCCAACAUGUUGUAUGUGAUGGAUAAAAGAGCCAAGUUGGGCAAAUUGGCCCACGAGUACGCGGAGAUAGAUCGAAAUCGUGCGGAAGUUUGUUGUCUAAUAGGAAACUACUACUCUUCCCGCGCAGAUCACACGAAAGCUAUCAUCUAUUUCAAAAGAGCCCUAAUGCUCAAUCGCGAAUAUCUUCCGGCGUGGACAUUGAUGGGACAUGAGUAUGUAGAACUCAAGAACUCGCAUGCGGCUAUCGAGGCGUAUCGUAAGGCAAUAGCAGAUGUCAACGCUAAAGAUUAUCGAGCGUGGUAUGGACUUGGUCAGGCGUAUGAACUGCUCGACAUGCCAAUGUACGCCAUCGAGUACUACAACCAGGCGACAUCGUUACGGCCCAACGAUUGUCGAAUGUGGACAGCGUUAGCUACGGUGUAUGAGGGGUUACAGCGACUUCCGGACGCUAUUCAAGCUCAUAAUCGAGCAUUACUCGGUGCUGACUCUCUUCAAACCCCCACCAUACUUCAAAAACUCGCCUCACUCCAUGUCACCCUCGCCCAAGCUCACGGAGAAUCACACUCUGCCGAGAGUGUUGAAUAUCACAAGAGGCUUUUGAUCCACGGAGAGCAGAGUGGGACUAACAUAUCGGAACUGGUCGAGAGUUACAUGGCCGUUGCGGAAUGGGAAUUACGCGGUUUGCCUUCUACCAGACAAGUGGUCGUGGGAGUGGGGCAUGGACGGACGAACAAGACAGAAGGGGAUUGGGCUUUGGCACAGAGGUAUUUGGAAAAAGUAUCUCAGACACAUACUACCUUGAGGGAGAAAGCUGAGGAGUUGUUAAGAUUGUUGAAGACAAACGAGUUGAGACGUGUUUGA